GGGCCCUGUGCUAUGCUGAACUGGGCACCAGUUUUACAAAAUCAGGAGGCCACUACACUUAUCUGCUGGAGACACUGGGGCCACUGCCUGCCUUUUUACGACUUUGGGCUGAGUUCUUAUUCAUCAGGCCAGCUGUGGCUUCCUAUGUGUCCCUGGCUUUUGGCCGCUAUGUGGUGGAGCCGUUCUUUGAACCUUGUGCUGCUCCCACGGCGCUUAUCAAACUUGUCAGCAUCCUCGGAGUGACGUUUGUCGUGGCAGUCAACUGCUGGAGUGUGACCAUGGCCUCUCGCACUCAGGUCACCUUGACUUUCGUUAAGAUUUUUGCUCUGGUCCUCAUCAUCGUCCCUGGUGUCAUCGCACUGGGCAAAGGAAAAACAGAGAAUUUCCAGAAUGGUUUUGAGGUCGACUCAUUAACAUUGGAUAGGGUGCCACUGGCCUUCUAUAAUGGCCUGUAUGCUUACGGUGGAUGGUUUUAUCUGAACUUUGUCACAGAAGAGGUCAUAAACCCAAAUAGAACCAUCCCGCUGGCAAUAAUCUGCUCCAUGGUGACAGUCACAGUCUUUUAUGUGCUUGUUAAUGUGGCCUACUACACCAUGAUGACCCCCGAUGAGCUGCUGCUGUCGGACGCUGUGGCUGUGACGUUUGCGAACCGUGCUCUCCAGGGAAUGGCAUCUGUGAUUCCCAUUCUUGUGGCCCUAUCCUGCCUUGGAGCGCUUAACGGUGGCUUCUUUGGGUCACCGAGGAUGCUGUUUGUGGGAGCCAGGGAGGGCCACUGGCCUCAAAUCUUUUCCAUGAUUCACAUCCGCAGACAAACACCUUUGCCUGCCGUGCUGUUGCUGUACCCUUUGGUGGUGUUGAUGUUAAUCAAUGGAGAGAUCUACCAGCUCAUCAACUUUGCCUCCUUUGCUCGCUGGUUCUUCAUCGCCUUGGCAACCUUGGGGAUGCUCAUCCAUCGAUAUCGCUUCCCCCUCCACCCACGACCUUUCAAGGUGCCCCUGGCCAUUGCUGUCACCUUCACAGUGGUUUGCUUCUUCAUCGUGGGUCUGUCGCUGUACUCAGACCCCUGGAACACAGGGCGAAGCUGUGCUCUCACACUGACCGGGGUCCCAGUUUACUAUGUGACGGUCUACCGCUUUCGCUUGCCCAAAAGAUGGAGACGCAUCUUCAACUACUGCAGCAAGCAGCUACAGAUCCUUCUAGAAGUGGCUCAACAGGAAGUCCAGACAUACUGAAGACCACUUUCUACUGACAGACUUCCUGGAUAUCACCUGAACAAGUCCUAGAACAUUUUAAUGUUUACAGUUUAAAUCAGUGUUUCAUACUAAAUGAAUUUUAAGAGGCUGGUGUAUCGGGCUUAGGCUGGAACAAGAGGUACUUUUCUCUGUUGUUAUCAUUCUUCAUGAAGAUCUGAAGUUCUGCUCAAGAUCUUAUUUUUUUACAAAGUUCUGUAAGAACCAAUAAAGUCAUUUUUGAAUCAG